AUGUCUCCAGCAGUCACCCUGCCCCGACUACAAACAAAGCCAACAACAUGCUGCCCAAACUGCGGCGCGGACGCUCAAGAGUUUGCCGACGCGAGACGACGCAUAGCAGAGCUCGAGGCCCAGGUCAGGUUACUGAGCGAUAAAGCCACUUCAGCCGUGGACAAGCUCGCCGACUACGAAGACGAAGUCCGCAAACGAUCCAUCUCGUCCGCAUCCUCCGGCCGCGACACCAUGGGCUCCAACGCCUCCCCACCCCUGACACGCCCAACAUCAUCCCCCUCACAGAUGCCCGUGCCCCCGCCAGCGCUCAACCGUAUCUCCGCGUUCCUCUCCGCAGCCACCACCCGCCGCGGUGCCCCGCCGCCCAGCCCGCCACCCGAGGAGGCCGUCAACGAGCCGCUGGAGAAGGAGCGGAGGCUGCGGCUGAAGGCGGAGGAGCGGCUGGAGCAGGUGACGGAGGAGCUGGAGGACCUGUCGGCGACAUUGUUCCAGCAGGCGAAUGAGAUGGUUGCGACGGAGAGGAGGGAGAGGGCAAAGCUAGAGGAGAGGAUUGCGGUCUUGGAGGGCCGCGAGGUGAAGACGAAGGAAAGGUUGGGAUUGUUGGAGAGGGCGGUUGAUAGGGCGGGGAGGGUGAGGGAGGUGUUGGCGGAGGGGCAGAGAACGACGAGUAUGCCGCCGAGUAUGCCCGGGAGGGGGCUGGGGAUAAGUCUCUAG